AUGACCGCUACAUCUGUUACUGCGGCUCUCCUGAUUGCUGUUUCUGUCUUCUUUGCCAUGCGCCGUUUGCGCGGAAGUCCAAAGGAGCUUAAGGAGCCGGAGCUUAUAGUUCGCUCGUCGGAAGCUGCCAUACGACUCAACAAGCUCCCCGCAUCUGCCUUGCCUGAGGACGUUGUGAUUUUGCCUCAAAAUGCUGCGACCUUCAGGAAGUCGAUGAACACAUACUGGGCCCAGCAGGAGUGUGAGGUCGUGCCUGCGUGUGUUGUCCGGCCUCGGAAUAUCGACCAGCUCUGCGCAGCCGUCACUAUUCUUAAAGGGGAAUACGACAGACGAAGGAGGUCAGAGGAUGGGGAAGGUAGUAUUAAGGAGGGUGGCUUAUUUGCUGUCCGUAGCGGUGGUCAUUCAGCUGUCUCUCAUGCCGCGAGCAUCGAGGACGGUGUGAUGAUUGAUAUGAGCCUAUUCUGCGACGUGACCCCAUCGAAGGAUGGGUCGAGCGUCGUAAUCGGUGCGGGAGCUAGAUGGGGUCCAGUUUUCGAAGCUCUGGCUGCGAAGGGUCUUGCUGUUGCUGGUGGACGAAACUCACAUGUUGGUGUCGGCGGCUUGACAUUAGGAGGUAUACGAGUAUCAUUCCCAUCAUUGCUUUGCAGCACUAGAGCUAACGUUAACGGAAUACAACUAGGUGGAAUCUCCUUCUUUUCUCAACGUGUCGGUUCGGUAUGCAACAACGUUCUGAGCUACGAAGUCGUCCUGGCCUCUGGGACUGUUGCCACAGCCUCACCUACUUCUAAUCCCGACCUCUGGCGGGCCUUGAAAGGUGGUGGUAACAACUUCGGUAUCCUCACUAACAUUACUCUACGCUGCUUCCCUUCUACCGACAUAUGGAGCGGUUUCCUCUAUAUGCCAUCCAGUAGUGCUCAAAAAGCCCUGCAUGCGUUCCACGACUUUGUCCACAGAGCUCAUCCCGACAAUACUGGAAUUACUUAUGACCGCCAUGCGUCCGGUCCGAUCGCAUGCUUCACUUACUUGCAGCAACUUGGUAUCCAGGCUGUCUCAGUCAACCUCGUCUACACGAAGCUCCCUGAGAAGAAGAACAAAUGGCCUGAGUGUUGGGAAACUUCUGGAUUCAAAUCACUUUGGCGCUUCUGGAGUACUUGCAAGGUCCGCCCACUCGCAGAUGCUUGCGAUGAAAUGAACUCCCUUAAUCCUCCUGGUAGACGUCAGGUGCUUGCUACCACCACCAUCAAGAAUGACAUGGCAACGCUACAAGCAGUCUACGCUGCCUAUAAAGACGCUAUUGCGCCUAUCAAACAGGCUAAUAUCAAAGGCAUGUCAUGGACGCUCGUUUUGCAGCCCAUGCUAGCAAACUGGGCUGGGGAUGGCUGUGACGGAAACCCCUUUGGCCUAGCAGAUACCAAGGAGCCUCUUGUGAUUGUCUCCUUUACCGUCAACUGGAUUGAGAAGAGUGACGAUAAACUCUCUGAGAAGCUAACUCGUGACGCGAUUGAGCAGAUCGAUGCUGCUGCCGCUGCCAACGGAACUGGCCACCGGUAUCGAUACAUGAACUACUGUGGAGACUGGCAGAGGCCGUUUGAGGGAUACGGAGAGGAAAACGCACAACUCUUACGCGACAUAAGCAAGAAGUAUGAUCCGGAGGGCUUGUUUCAAAGGGGCUGCGUAGGUGGGUUUAAGCUUGAUAUAGAAUAUAGCUAA